AUAAUCAAGAGGGCUUCAACGCAGGUCUUUGGUUCAAUAGUCGACCUGUACAGAUUCUGGAAUGCUAUUUGUCUAGAUAACGGCCACGCUUCGAAGUAUAGCGGCAGCUGCGUUGGCUCUUAUAUUGACUUAAAAUAUGACCCGCAGUUUGGCAGUAUUUUCUGUAACUAGGAAGAGCCAUGUACAGGAUCUAGAGAUAUAGCGAGGCAAAUAAAACGACAAAAUGGUACGGACGAGAGUAUCACAAACACCAACUGAGUCAUUAGAAGUUUUCACCUCAAAUCAUUCAUUCAUCAGUGAGUGAAUGUGUCUUAACGGCCGAUGGAUCUGAAUUACCACACCAUUUCUGGCAGAACUGCACACUCGAGUUCAAUCAGAAAUUCGAGCGUUAGUACCGCAGCAUGAUAGAUACUGUCUACGAAGCUUCAAUACCAUAAGUCUGGACCGAACACCUUCAAUAGCAUCAAUCUCAUUCAUCAGUUUCAAAAGCAAUCUCAGAAGCAAUCUCAGAAGCAAUCUCACAAGAAUUGUAAGAAGUUUUCUUUUAAUCAUCGAAUCGCUCUGAUGACUUCAGGAUGCUGACCACUUCAAAGCACAACAAACAAAAAUAGUCACGGCAAUCGAGGAGCAAAAUGUUCAUCUAGCUCUGGCAAAUGUUCUUCAUGAGGUCUCGUAAUGUAUGGACGAAGGAAGUGAGGUCAAAAUGUCUGCUUGCGCAGUUGCUUUCUUGGAAAAACUGCAAGAAGCCGAGUCCCACUUGGGAAACAGUUAUUGUACACCUGGUCGAUGAGCCUGAUGGGGUGAUGCAGUGUCCGUCUCCAGGGGCUAAACUUGGCCAUCCAGUUCGUCUCUGUAAUCAUCCACUUGAAACCAGAUCACUGACUUAUUAUCCAGUUCUUCAACCACAGUGUCGGUUGUAACCGAUCAGAAUCGCUUUUUUAUGUUUUCGUCGUUACUAAUUACCAUGGUCGUACUGUACAUCUGUUACCCGACGACGCUCUCGCGCAAAGUAUAAAUGGGAAUUUCAAGUUCCCCCUGAAACUUUUCGGUGGCUGCCAUGACCAUGAGGAGGUUUUAACGAAAAACAUGAAGCAUUUUGGCAUUUGUUCUUUAAUGGCAGGUGCUAAUUGGCGGAGGAUUUCAAAGUUUCGAUGCCUGCGUAGAUUAGCAGGGCUUUUUCUCAUCGUUCCAUACUGGGAGUAGCGUUUUCCAUUUUAGGCAUGUUGGUUUCUCGGAUCGGACAGGGACUCACGAUAUGAAGACAAGGCUGGGCUUAAGAACGGUAUUGCGCAUGCGCAGAGUGAUGAACUGAAUGGGUUUCAAAGAUACUGGCGGCCAGAAGUUACUAAAUAUGAUAUCUAUUGGUCUUCCCUACCGCAACAUAGCAUAUUCUCAUAUAGCCGUGAAGGUUUAUGUCUCGUUUAUAUCUCACACUUCGAGUUCAUCAAAUAUCUUCCAGCAAUAUUAUGCCUUCCUACUAACCUUCGAAUUUAUCCCGUGGG